CUGCUGAGACCACCUUGAGAAGAGAAUGGCCCUAAACAGAUCCCUGAUUUGGGGGGCCCUCGCCCUGACCACCAUGCUGAGUCGCUGUGGAGGUGAAGACAUUGUGGCUGACCACAUUGGGGCCUAUGGCGGAUGCUUCUCCCAGUCUUAUGGUCCCUCAGGCCAGUACACUUUUGAAUUUGAUGGAGAUGAGACGUUCCACGUGGACCUGGAGAAGAGGGAGACUGUCUGGCGGCUGCCUGGGUUAAGUGAAUUUGGAAGUUUUGACCCACAGGGUGGACUGAGUGAAGCGGCUACUGCAAGACACAACCUGGACAUCCUGAUUAAAUGCUCCAACUCUACCGCUGUUAUCAAUGAGGUUCCUGAGGUGACUGUGUUUCCCAAGGCUCCCGUGGAGCUGGGCCAGCCCAACACCCUCAUCUGUGCCGUGGACAACAUUUUCCCUCCUGUGAUCAACAUCUCGUGGCUGAGCAACGGGCACUCAGUCACGCAGGGUGUUUCUGAAACCAGCUUCCUGCCCAAGAGGGAUCAUUCCUUCCUCAAGAUCAGUUACCUCACCUUCCUCCCUUCUGCUGACGAUGUCUAUGACUGCAAGGUGGAGCACUGGGGGCUGGACCAGCCCCUCCUGAGGCACUGGGAGCCCGAGAUUCCAGCCCCCAUGUCAGAGCUGACGGAGACAGUGGUCUGUGCCCUGGGGCUGGCCGUGGGCCUCGUGGGCAUCGUCACGGGCACCGUCUUCAUUAUCCAGGGCCUGCACCCAGGUGGUGCCUCCAGACACCAAGGGCCCUUGUGAGUCACACGCCAGAAGGAAGGUGCGUUGCCAAUCUUAAGAGCAGAAGAGUGGACAUGCUGGGUGACCUGCACUAUUCGCUGGCCAAGUCCAUCAUAUGCCUUCUCUCCUCCAAUGCC